AUGCCACAUGCUGUCAAUAUCGCGACGCCGGGCCUGCAAGCUUUAAUCUUGUGUGGCCCAGGUAGCUCGUUCCCAACAUUCACGGCAAAUCCCGAUGAGAAUCCUAAGGCUCUUCUCCCCAUCGCCAACCGGCCCAUGGUCUGGUAUCCUCUCGAGUUUUGUUACCGCGCAGGGAUAACAAACAUCACAUUAGUUUGCCCUCCAUCAGCCUCGGAGGCUAUCACCACCGCCCUCAAGACAAACCCCUUUCUCACUAGUCUACCAUUCCCACGGCCUGACCUCUUAGCACCCAAGGACUUGGACCAAAACACAGGGACCGCCGAAAUUCUCCGUCUUCCCGAACUACAGUCUGUUGUCACGUCCGACUUUGUGGUGCUCCCAUGUGACCUAGUCUGCGAAUUGGGCGCGGACAAGCUACUCCAAGCAUGGAUGGUCAAGUCAGCCAGCCUUGAGGACCUGGUGGGUGACUCCAGCUCACAGGGUACGCGGAGUGGCGGGCUUGGUGUCUACUACCAAACCAAGACGGCCACGCCUAUCAAGGGGGAAGAGACGGACUUUGUUGCAACAAUCCCCCUCUCGACAAAUUCGCUCCUUGCGCCAAAUACCUCCCUUUUUUCCGACCUGGCCAAGGUAGUAUACACAAUGCCAACGGACUCACGGAAGGAUCUCAUUUCGGAGAAGAAGGGCUUCCCCAUCCGUACGGGGCUUCUUCGCCAACAUCCCCGUGUACGGAUGCUCUCCACCCACCGCGAUGCUCACAUCUAUAUCUUCCCCCAUUGGGUCAUGCAGUUUGUCAAGGAGAACGAGCGCCUCGAAACUAUCGGCGAGGAUAUCGUUGGGUGGUGGGUGAAAGCUAGCUGGCAGAAAGGUCUUUCCACCAAGCUCGGGCUAGACGGUAUCCUCCAACGGCCUGCUAGUGGGAGCGCCGGUGGUCAGUCCAGCCCGAAUGGGCCGAACCCCUCCACCGACGCCCCAAACCAAGCCGUCUCGACCCGGAGCGACAUCACUGGCAGCAGCAACAACAGCGAUGAUGGCGAAGAGAAUGAGAGCCGUUUACGAGGGGAACGGGAAGCCCCCAUCCCACCAAUGCUGGCUUACAUCCACCCGACUACCCCUGAUGCCCCCCUCAUCCGCCGCGUCGACACUGCUCAGCUCCUCCUUCAAAUAUCCCUCCAACUUGCCAAGCUCCCCUCUCUCGAAGAAACCGGUGCCGAGUACCCAGCCUCGCCCUUCGCGCACGCCCGGAAAGUAGCCUACCCAGAGGGCGUCAAGUCGCGCACUACGAUCACUAAGGCAGACAGCCUGGUGGCCGACAACGUGACGGUGCAAGAGAAGACAUCCAUCAAGGAGAGUGUGGUAGGCGCGAACUGCCAGAUCGGCGAGGGCGCCAAACUGAGCCAAUGCUUGCUCAUGGACGGGGUUGUCGUUGGGCGUAAUUGCAAGCUGACCAAGUGUAUUUUGGGCAAGCGCAGUGAAGUGGGCGAUGGGUGUACUCUGACGGAGUGUGAAGUGCAGGAAAAUUUACUAGUUGAGGCCAAAACCGAGGCUAAGGAAGAGAAAUUCAUGUCAUCCUCUGGCCUGGAGGCAACGGAACAAGAGCUAGACGCAUUCGGAGACGACGGAGACGAUGGUGGAAACGAUUCCGAUGAGUAG